CAGAACUGGCGGCCCCUUUAUUGGUAAUCUACAAAAUGCGUUCUUCAUGAAUCUUGAUUGGGAUUCUGGUCCAACAGCCUCAAGUAAAAAUGUUCCAGAAUUCAUAUUUGCAAUCUUUCAGUGCAUGUUUGCUGUUAUUACCCCAGCAUUGAUGAUUGGUGCUGCUGCUGAACGUGGUCUUGACUUUGCAGGCGGUAUUCCUGUACAUAUAUCAUCUGGCGCGGCUGGUCUUGCUUUCUGUUUUGUUCUCGGAAGGCGCAAUCAAAUUAACAGACCUCACAAUCUUAUUAAUGUAGUCAUUGGUACAGUAUUGUUAUGGUUUGGAUGGUUUGGCUUUAAUGGUGGUUCUGCCGUAGCUGCUGAUAGGCGUGCUAUUAUGGCUUGUAUUGUAACAAAUCUUGCUGCCUCAUUUAGUGGUCUUACUUGGAUGUUCAUGGAUUUUAUUAAAUUUAGAAGAUUACGUGCUGUUAGUUUUUGUAGUGGUGUUGUUUCAGGAUUAGUUGCCAUAACUCCGGCAUCCGGAUAUGUUGCUCCUUAUGCUGCUGUUGUUUUUGGUAUAGCAAGUGGGAUUCUGUGUAAUCUUGCUUCUGUAAUGAAGACGAAGCUUAACGUAUAUGAUGAUGCUAUGGAUGUCUUUGCUAUUCAUGGUAUCGGUGGAUUUAUUGGAAAUGUUCUUACUGGAAUUUUUGCUGACAAAGAUAUUGUUAACCGUAGUAGUAGUGAUUCUAUAACGAUAAAAGAUGGAGAUACGGACAUGAUUGAAAUGGGUGAAAGUGCUUACUGUUUUGCUGAAGAACAACCUCAAGCUAAUGCAAACGGAAUGAAU